AUGCUGGGACCCGCCACUCGCGACCGUGUUUCUCUUCUGCGACAAGACAGCACAGAGGAAAUGAACUCGCUCUUCUCGCUGCCGAAAAGCCCGUUUCCCUCUGAGGAAGAUUUUCUCCUUUCCUCGACGGAUCCGUGGCGUCACCUGGAAAAUGAAGCUGCAUUCGGCCGGCUUCUCGUUCCCUCUGCGGAGCCUCCUGUGCUUCCCCCACGACCGACAGACGUGCAGCGGACGGCGGAAGACACAGAGAAGACAAGCAGUGGGGCAGAAGGACACGAUUUCCAAAAACUGGCGGCAGUCUCCAACUCAGCGCAGAGACGCGACGUCGCUCCGGUCGGAGACUUGACGCGUCAAGGGACGCGAACGCGACCGGAGCGAGGGAGCGACGACAGAGGAGGCGCGGGCAGUCAGGAACUCCUCGUGCCGUCUCUGCGACGAUACCUCGCCUUCACAAACACGGAAUGCGCCUCUGCCAUCGCCUUCAUUGAAGACACCCUGAGCGCUCUUGUGAUCGCUGCGACGAGCAGUGAAGACCGCGAAGACACGCCUCGUCUCUGCCACGCCGCCCCACCGCUUUCUGUUUCGUCUCCACUUUCGCCCAGUGUACCGACAACUGAAGGCGCUCGGGCUCCGCCCCGCUCUCCGUCUCAGCCGCCUUCGGUGGGCGAAAAACUCGAGCACCGAAGAAGACUGCUGGAGGCCUUCUACGGGAAAUCCGCCGCGGAGAUAGCGCGGGACCAAGCCAUCGCGGUGCUCACGCUCUCCCGCCAUUCUCGACUUGAAGAGGCGUGUUCGCUCGCUUCCUCUGCUGUUCCAGGGCAUCCCCUCGCAGCGGCGCUUCCCCCGAAGCGCAGAGAGGAGGAAGGGCGAAAGGGAAGGAAAACGCACGGCGGAAAGAGCAGGGAGGAAGAGCGGCAGGAAGAAGAGAACACCUGGUACAACGAGGCUGUUGUUCGGCAUGUAGAAGCAGCAGCGCAAGCAGGAGAAGUCGCUGAGAGCCUCAGCGUGGAGAUUCUUGAAGGGGGAAUCGCGUACUACGAAAGGCGUUCGCCUUUUCAUCCAGGCUAUCCCCUCAUCUGCCGACGCAAACUGCCCGGUAGACCAGAGACGGACACAGGCGAAGCGCCGCCUUCCGAGAGAAGAUCCCCGCGAGAGAAUAGAGACCCGAGUGAAUCGCCACCGGCGCAGGCGACGGGGAGCCGAUGGGCAGUGUGGGGUGACGAGUGCUAUAACAGCCUCGAAUUCCAGAAGGGUGGGCGGCCGACUUCCGCCGAUAGAGGGGAAUCUUCGCCUUCCGGUCCUUCCUAUCCUCGGUCUUUGCGGCACUCGUCGGCGCCUUCGUGUUCGGGAGGCCAUGGCGUUACCGCGAGAGGCGCGAACACUCGAGGAUCCGGCGGAAGAAGAGCGAGCGAAGAGGAAGAGGGCAGAAGAAAAGGAAGUUGCAGUGAAGUCGCGUUGGAGCAGCGGCAGGAGAGACCUGCGCUGCUUACGCUGGCAGACGUGCUUCGAUUGGAAAGACACGAAAGAAGAAAGCUGCGGGAAACGAGAGCAGAACAGGAAAGCUCCGACAACAUGUUUUCGUGCCCGCUCCUUCUCGAGCCCCCAGGUGUAUGGACAGCUUUGGAUGUCCUGCAGGGCGAGGAACAGCUGAUCGACGUAGGCUGGCUUACAACACGCGCAAAACAAGAAAGAAGGCCAGGCGCGUUUUCUGAGGAUAGGACGAGCGAGAAAGACGAGGAAAAGGCGAAGGGGACACCGCACGAAACGCGUGGCGGCGAGUGCCGAAUCGGCGCGUUGAAAGUGUUUGAGGAAGCGUCCCUGCUUGGAUACACGCGCUGUCUAGACAGCUCUGAUCGCUAUACACUCCAUUUUAAGGAUCUCCUCAGUGCACCCCGCUUUCCUGGUUCCUUCUCGGGAUCGUCUGUGAACCGCCUCUCUCUUCCUUCUCGCGCAGUCGCCAAGUCGCAUGCCGUCUGUGGGCAGACAGGCGAGGCGAAACGGCCUCUCCGACGAUUUCUGUCUUCUUCAUCGCCUUGGGAGUACGAGGAGCUGCCUGGUGUCUCUCUUGGCUUCGUCAAAGACUUUGAAUUUUUCCCCGUGGGCGAGCCGUCAGAAAUUCUCGAACUUUCCCUGAGGCGCAGGGGUCUCUCGCUGGUGCAAGACCAAAAAUGCGAGCGAGAAACGACGGAACCCGGAAACGAAGAAGAAAAGGCAGGCGCGCCAGUCGGCGCGUCGUGUCAUCCCAGACUGGUCGGCUGUAUGUACACCUCAGUCGACCGCCGGACUGGCCGAGCACACAUGCUGCGUCGGAUCCUCCUGAUCGUGCACCCUCCGUGCGAGUCUUCCAGUUCGUCUUCUUCCCUUUCUCCUUUGUCUCUCGGUCCUCCGCAUGCACCGUGUUGUCCCUCUCUGGCCCUUGGAAAGCCGCGGCGCAACGCAGAGACGCUCGAGAGACACUCCGGGCCGCGUCUGGAGCUGCUUCGAGAUGAAGUUGUCCUCGAUUUGAGCGAUGACGCGCGCUGGGGCGCGAUGCACUUGGCUCUCGGGAAGACUGCGGAUGGACGCUUCUUCACCAUCUGCGCCACGUCCAGAUCCCGAACAGCCACUUGGAUCCUCAGCGCCAAAUCCAAGGCCUUUUCCCUUUUCCCCAAAGGGGAGACACUCGGCAGGCUCAUCAGGCCCUCUUCGUCGCCGACUGCUUUUGUUUCCAGGGGACGGCACCUGCUUCUUUUCGACGUUUCGCAGCACAACGCGCUCUCAGCUUUCUCUCUGCCUCUCGCGGCUGUUCUUGGCAGAAAAGCCGGCGACUUCAUCCGGGAAUUGCCGUCGCCCUCUCCGGCGUCUCUGACACCGGUCGAUCUUUCUGCUCCUGCCUCGUCCGCAGCCUCCAGACAGGCACCAGCGUCGCACCGCGCCUGUUCUGAUUCCUCCUCAGACCCACGCACGAAGCGUUUCAUCCCUCUGACGUCGUCUUCUCAGUGUGCUUCGUCCUGUUCGCCUCCUGAUCGUGAAUCUUCUCUCUCUGCUUCUGCAUCCGCCCUGCGUGCUUGCGGUUCAACUGCAAACACAGAGGAGACAGAGGCUAAGGAGGUACUGAGAGCGAGGCCUCUCUUUCAUUUCCCUUCCUUCAUCUUCACGGAUUUGGACUCAACUGCGGAUGGCAUUGCGGUGUAUGGACUGCGGCCUCCGAGCCUGCCGGUGGUUUUUGCUGUCGAUUUCUGUGACCCGCCAAAGACCGACCCGCAAGUGUCUCUCUCCUCGCCCCCCCUUGAUUCCCGGUUCGCUUCAUCUCCCGCCUCUGAAAUCUGUUCAUCUUCCCCCGCUCUAUCCGCAUUGUCUCCUUCUCCCUCGGCUCUCUGUCCCCGUUCUUCCUUCCCUCAGCCUCCCGGUUUUUUUCCCUUCGGGCCCUCAGCUGCUCCAGCGUCUGUGCCGCUCUUCACACAGAUCCCGCUUUCGAUGCUGGCGAGCUCUUCGGGUGUAGGCAUCCUGCAGCCUGGAGUAAAUGAUCAGUUCUCGGCUCUUCGUUUCUCGCUGCAGUCCCCUUUCGAACCUUUUCUUCAGUGUUCUCUGGACUUGCGAACAAAAUGCAUCAGGGUCCAGCGUCUCCACGCAGUCGAUCGCGAUCUCCUGCGAAAAGCAGCGAGCGCCUUUCUUCGCUUCUUCCCCAGUCUCGCUUCGAGCGCCUCUCGUGGCCGACUUGCCGAGUCCGCCUGUCGCUCGUCCGCUCUGUCCAGCUCUUGGUCUGUCUCCCAUGGGCCCCGUUCGUCGACGGGUUCUUAUUCUGAGUCUCCUCUCCCGUCUGAGUCCUCUUCGGCCUCGCCGGCUUGGAUACCGCCACCUCUUUCUUCUUCUUCUUCCUUGUCUUCUUCCGCCUGGUGUUUUUCCUCUUCUGACCAUGCGUUUUCGGGCACUUCUGUCUGUGCACCUUUCGGUGUCAGUCCUUCUCUCGCUCCUUCCAUCGCCGCGAGCGAGGCAAAAGCCGAGUCGCCGUUCUCGAGAGACAAACCGAGAAACGACGCCGCGGGUUUGUCUGAAUGCGAGAGCGCAGAAAAGCGAAGGCACCCGACGGAGGCGCAAGCCGCUUCCGGCGAUUUUCAGUUCGCGGAAGGCCGCGCUGUAGACGACAAGGCGGGCCGCCGGACCCCAUCUCGUGAACAAAGCGAACUGGGGAACGUCGAGGUGGUUUCCUUUCCCUCGCGAGAUGGAAAAUGCCUCAUUCCCGUUACGCUACUUCUACCCUCUGAACACGCAGCCGUGGGAGUUGCGAGGGCUCUGAGUAGCGAAGCAAAAAAACGAGCGACACUCGAAGCAAAAAGUCCGCGGGAGGCUUGCCGACAGGUAGCGAAUCAGGGCCGCUCAGACAGAAGGACUCUUCCGCAGAUGGAAAAUCGUGCUUCCGGAACCCCCAGUUUCACAGUUUCAAUCGCUCCGUUUUCGUCACGUUUCGCUUCUCUCUCUUCGCCUUCUCCCUCUGCUUCUCUCUCUUCUUCUUCUUUCACUUCUUCCACGGAGUCUGGUUCUGCCGGUUCACUUUCCAGCAGGACCGUGUCUUGUGUUUGUUCUCCGCUGACGUCUUCCACAGCCGGUGACUUCGCCUUUCGUUUCUGGUCUUCUUCGCCGCUUUUGGUUCUCGCGUACGGCGCCUACAAGCGUCCGAUGGCCGUUUCCUUCUCCCCCAUGCAUCUCGUGCUUCUCUCCCUGGGGUGGCGUGUGGCCUUUGUUCACUGCCGAGGCGAAGGCGCGGCGGAGGGUGAGACUCGCGACAACGGCCGAGGCCUGAGAAAGCACCAGACUGUCGAUGAUUUAGAAGACGCAAUCAACGGCUUUGUCGCUCUCAAUGUGGCUGAGAGGAAAUCAAUCUUCCUCAAGACUUCCUCGGCGGGAGGCAUCCUUGGAGGCGCUUUCCUCGCCUUCCAGAAAAUGCGGCAUCAAGUUCACGGCGUCGUCCUUCAGCAUGGCUUCUUCGACGUCUUGAGCGCGAUGCAGCAUGGACGCGGGAGCGAGGAGGCGAUGGAGAGAGGCAGCGAACACGACACGAAGGGCGACAAUAACGGCAGACAAGAGCAGCGAUCCGAGGAGUCAUACGACGCUCUCCGUGCUCUCGAGGAAGAAGAAUGGGGCAACCCGAACCGGCGCGGAACAGAGACCGACGAGGAGGGCGAGGAGCGAAGAGCUCACCUGGCAAACUUGCUUUCCUUCAGCCCUUACUCGAACUUCCAUCCUCCGCGGGGGUUUGUUGCCUCGCUGGCUGAGGGGUAUGACAACUCUCUCGCAGACGACUGCAAGCGAAGUCUUCGCUUCUGUCGGGGACCGUGUUUCUUCUCUCGAGAUGCCUGCCCCUGUGCGCCGCGGCUGUCUCGUCUUUCUGAGAAAUCGGCUUCGGCUCAACAAGCGAAGAACGAGAUGCGCCGCGAGAGACCCGCGACACGCAAGGCAACAGCACCGAGGGGGGGCGACGGACGCGGCGAGGACAAGACGAGAAACCCGAAACGAGAGAGACUCGGAGCAGCGAAUGGCGAGAACGGUGCACUUUUGGGCGGGUCGGGGCAAAUGCUCUAUGGCGAGGAAGCCGACACCGACACGGGGAUGGACUGCGACUCAACGGAAACACGGCAAAGGGCGAAAGACGGGGCGUUUUCCGCCAAACAGGCAAGCGGCGAAGGAGACAGAUACGGCGCGGGGGAAUUCCCGGCCCUCUUUCUCUCGACUUCGCUCGGCGACUCUCUCGUUCGGCCCUGGCACUCGGCGAAACUCUUGGGGAAAGUCGAGACCAUGAGGCGGCUGGGACGCAAACGCCGCGUCUCGCUGCGUUUUGGAAGCGACGCCGAAAGCGACAGGCCAUGCGAAGCUCUUUUUAGGAAAGAAAGCUGCGCCGGUGACUGGGCGGGAAAAUCCGGCGUGGCUAGGCCAGAUAGGCGACCGGGCGACCGAGCUCGAGACGCCAGUGCAGAGGCGCCGGUGAAGGAGGCAGACAGGUGCACAGAGGAUGCAACGCGUGUCCUGGGAGCUGCGGUGCGUGCGCGUAGAGAAGAGCGUGUGGCGAUCUGGAAAAGAACCAACGGCUCGCACUCUCGGGGAGAAGGAAGAGCGUCAGGCGAGAUGGAAGCUCUGGACGGGGUGGACAGAUGUGCGAAGGAGAAGCUCACUCCUCGGGACUUCGUUCUGUUCAAGUUGGGCGGAGACGCCGAAGGCCACAGCGGCAGCGCAAAUAGCUUGCAUCAGUUUCGGGGCGACGCCGAAGAACUGUGCUUCUUCUAUCACGUUCUCCAGAUGAACGGUGGUGUGUAA